AUGCCGCUCUUGACCACCAUCACUCCGCCUACGCCCUCACAUCGACACACUGUCGACGCCGAAGAAUGGCCAGAUGCUGACUUCGAUCUGCCCGAAGGGGCCGCCCUUCACACGCCCGACCUCGAGUCCGAUAAGGAAGGGGACGAGGAUUGGGACCUCGAGAUGGACCUCGGGAAGACGGCAGGGGCAAAGGCAAGAGCCGUACUGGACGAAAUGGCAGCACGGUCGGAGACGUCGAAACGACCGCAGAUGAUAACCAUACGUCCGCCCCUGCCCAACGCAGACGUUGGGGAAGGUGACGAGGACGAAGGCAUCUCAACGAUCAAGGUCAGCGAACUACCAAAACCCCAUGCACCUUCCUCUCUCUCCGUCGACGACGACAUGGAGUCCGCCUUUGCUCUCCCCGAAGAUAUGACGCAGCUUUCCCUCCGCCCUGCAUCGCUGCAUCACCGCUCAUCGAAGAGCUCGUUCGAGUGGACGGAUAAAGACCACACGUCUUCUUCCCAGUCCUCUGACGCUUUCACCUCUCUCGGCUUCGCCGAUACACCACCAUCCUCAAAUUAUACGUCUGCCUCAUCGGCGUCUCUUCCCGAAACAGAAUCAGAAGAGGAGGAAGAGGAAGGCGUUUUGGACGGUCUGGUCAUCCCUUCGGGGCUUUUUGACUCGGGACACGGAGUGAAGCACUUGACCAAGGUAUUGGAGAUGAAGAAAAAGUUGCCUGCGAUUGCCGAACGGAUCAAGGUCGCCUCGCCAGAUCCCGAGGAUGAUUUCGAGGUUGGUCUCGUCAUUGACGACGAGGCUAAGUUCAGCCCUAGCAGGUUGCUGCAUAACAAACAGCAAUCGAGAAUGAGGUUGGCACAGGCGCGGUCGAAAAGUGCCCCAUCAAGGCCACCUCUUGCGUUGAGGCCACCGUCCCGCCUUCGUCAGGACAGGGCCAAAUCUCCCACAAACCCUCCACCUUCUUCUGUGCGCCAAUUACGCCAGCUCGCAGCUUCUCCCACCACCUUCACCCCCUCUGGCCCGUCCCGCCCCGCUCAACCUACUCGUGCCCAGACCUUCCAGGCGCUUGCCUCUGCCCCACCCGCCCCAUCCGCAUCAUUCCUAUCACCGAAGCCUGGCAGCCUCCGUGGCCAGAAGUCCCACUCGGGGCUCAAGCCACCGUCUCCGCCGUCGCAAAGAAAGCUAAUUAGGAAGGCAUCCCUAUCCUCGCUCACAGACAACAGGCAAGCUCAAGUGCCAGGCUCGGGCGUGCCCUCCGGGUCCACCGCAUUGCCUCGAUACGAAACCCACACCGCCGCCUCUCGCGCGAAGACGCAUAGCUCGACCAGUCGCAUGACCGGCCUCGAUUACACCGUACCACCAACUAGACCGACCACACCAUCGGCCAACCCCGUGGCGAUCCGACUGACACUGCCGACGUCAUCAACUCGUUUAAAAUCCCGUCCGGCCAUCUCUUCAGUAUUUCCCAACGCCUCAGGCUCUUCGAGCGGAGCACGACCGGCGUCUCCCGUCGUUCGACGGCCAUCUUCCACACUCGCCAACCGGCCAGCUCUUGUACAGAGUCCACCUCCCUCUUCCGCUGCUAAGAUGCUUCGCAAACCAAAGCGCGCCAGAACAUAUGGCGAUGGGACCGAGCUCGACGCCAUCGAUGAUCUGCCGACGGACCGCGAUAAGGAGGCCAAGUUCCGCGUCAAACCCACCGGCUACGGCAAUCGCGUGCCUGGCGGCAGCUAUUCUACCAGGACUUUCGAUGAAGAUGCCCAUAAGGGUACGAUGCGGCGCAAAGCGCCCCGCGAAUCUGAUUCGUCCACAGGUGAACCAACGCUCAGGAAAACUGGCGGCAUAGAGUUUCCCGCAAAAUCUGGAAGCUCGGAAGCUAUCAGGAAGAAGAAGAAGAAACAUCAAUCGCCCGCUAACGCAACUCCACGCAAGCCUACGCUGAUACGGAACCUCGGCGGCUCCAACGCCCCGAAAGUCGUGGGGGACAUGAAGUGGAAUCCCCAAACCCUUCGAUGGGAGGGGAAUGAUCAAGCCCUUCGCGACUUCGACGCGGCUGUCGGAACAUCCACCAGGCCUGCCCUCAUCACACACUUGACCGGGUCAUCAGUGGGCUCCCCUGUCGGUUCUCUUGCUUCCGGUGCUCGCAUCGUGGGCAACAUGUUUUUCGACCCGGAUCGCAUGUGUUGGAUAUCGACCCUGCCGCCAGAGGAAGAAGAGCCCGACGUAUUUGCCGACCUUGCAGAUGAUGAAGAGGAUGGCGAUGGCUGGGAGACCAAAGGCGGUACUAUCCGCGCGAACCAACAUCAUCAAACCGGUGGUUCUGCGACUGCAACCCCGGAUCGCAGCGCCACUUCAUCGGCGAGCAGUAGCCAUGAGCCUCCCAGUCCUGCGCGGAGUCAUACCCGGACCAUAUCAGAGUCCGGAAGUGAUCGCGGGUCGCGUGCGUCGAUGGUGUACGACGUUGAUGAUGACUUCGCGGACAAGUGUCACGUUGCAGAAGAUAGGCACCGGACGGAAGUUCACGGGUGGAGGUUACGACCCAAGGUUGAGCCUGAGCCACGAACAUGGUUGUACGAGAUCCGCGCAUUGGCAACGCGGAAAUAUUGAUUCUACUAAUAGUGUCCGUCUGUCUCUUAUAUCCCAUUGGCCUGCUGUUCGUCUUCGCUUCGUACUCGUACUCGUUUUGUUGUCUGGUUCCCCCGUUACCCCCAUCGUUUCUCAUUCUGAACGCUGACUGCGAUCUUUCCUUGUCUCGUACUGCUGUCUCUCGUUCCAUCUCUGUUUCCUC